AUGACCAGCAAACCUAAUGCCCAACCAGGCACCGGGCCUGGACUGAACGACGAUGUUGUCGAAAUUGACAGCAGCGACUAUGAGAUGUUAGAGAAGUCAAACAUAGCCAUUGGCGGCUCCGACGCUGAUAACUUGUCUGAUGCCCUGGAAACUGAGCCUAGAGACAUGGAUGACGACAAUAUGGGCAUGGAUGAUGACGAUAUCGAGGAAAUCACCCCUCCUACUCUUAGACAACCCGAACUUACGAAAAGACCAGGUCACCCCCUGUUGAUCCCAGCCACACAGUUCGACAAUUUGGCGACAAGUAUAAUGAAGCCCCUUCCAGACUAUCCGGUCAAGGAUGAGACGUACAAUGUUUGGGAAAUCAAGGACUGGAACGCAAUAAGGAAGGAGGAUAAGAUACGCGGACCCCAGUUCGAAUGCGGCGGCUUCACAUGGAAUAUUCUAUUAUUCCCCAGGGGCAACAAUGAUUUGAUAUCGAUGUAUAUGGAGCCACAUCCACCAAAAGAUGCCGAGGGAAAUGUUGAUCCAAAGUGGUAUGUGUGUGCCCAAUUCGGCUUUGACUUGUGGAAUCCCAACCACCCGGAGUGUCAUCAUGCGAUGGGAUCUCAUCACAGAUUCAACAAAAAUGAAACUGAUUGGGGGUUUUCAUCUUUUAUUUCAGGAAGAGAUCUUUUGAAUGCUGCCAAGUACGGAAGGGCUUAUCCUUUGAUGGACAAGAAUCUGUUCAACAUUACUGCAUACGUCCGUGUGAUAGAUGAUUCCUCAACAGGUGUUUUGUGGCAUAACUGGGUAAAUUACGACUCAAAAGCUGAAACUGGUUAUGUUGGUCUCAACAACCAGGGAGCCACUUGUUAUCUCAAUUCUCUCCUUCAAUCAUACUACACCACCAAGAUCUUCAGAGAUUUGGUGAAUCAAAUUCCCACAGAAGCCACAAGUGAAACUAAGAGCAAAGCAGUUCCAUUAGCCUUGCAAAAGAUAUUCUACCUUUUGCAACUGUCGAGCGAGCCUGUUGGUACUAUGGAAUUGACAAAGUCUUUUGGCUGGGACUCCUCAGAUGCAUUCACUCAACAUGACAUCCAAGAGCUCAAUCGUGUUUUGAUGGACAAGCUCGAAAUGGCAAUGAAAGGCACGAAAAUUGAAAACAAGCUCAACGAUGUCUUUGUUGGCAAAAUGAAAUCUUAUAUCAAAUGCGUCAAUGUCCCUUACGAGUCUUCGAGAGAGGAGGACUUUUGGGAUAUUCAAUUAAAUGUCCGUGGCUUUAGAACACUUGAGGAAUCCUUUAAGAAUUAUAUCGAAAUCGAAAUGUUGGAUGGUGAAAACAAGUAUCAGGCAGGCGAUCAGUAUGGAUAUCAGGACGCCAAGAAGGGUGUUGUGUUCCGUUCCUUUCCCCCUGUCCUCCAUCUUCAAUUGAAAAGAUUCGAGUAUGACUUCAUGGUAGAUGAUCUUGUCAAGAUUGAUGACUACUAUGAAUUUCCUGAUGUUGUUGACCUUAGACCUUUUCUUGAUGAUGACUUGCCCGAUGAAGUGAAGAAUCAAAACUGGAGAUACAAACUCCAUGGAGUAUUAGUUCAUCAAGGAAGUAUCUCAAAUGGUCAUUACUACGGUUUGAUUAAACCGGAAGCUCACGAAGACUUAUGGUUACGCUUUGACGACGACAAGGUUUGGAAAGCAACACCAACUCAAGUCUUUCAAGAAAAUUACGGCGCCUCUGAAUUGCCUCAAGCGCACCUCAGACAACUCACACGCAACGAGCAAAACGAGUACUUAAUUAGACGAGCUACUUCAGCUUACAUGUUGGUGUACUACCGUGAGUCUGAGUUGGAUAAAAUCUUGCCCCCUCAAAAUUCUUUAGCACCCACACCAACGCACGUUGCUGAGCAGAUAAGAAAGGAGCAAGAGGAGUUUGAGAAGGCGGAGACAGCUAAUCGUGAAGCAUUGUUUUACAUGCAUGUGAAGAUCGUUACUGUGAAAAAUUUUGUUUACUAUAACGGUUUCGACACUUACCCUGACCCCACAGACCCACGUCUCUUUGAUGAGAACGUCUUCAACGAACAUGCAUAUCCGCUCUCUAUAAAAGUCAAGAAGGAUGCACCUUUCUCUGACCUCUAUGCGCUUGUGGCUGAAAAGUUAGGAUACGAUGUACCCAAAUCUGGCAGAACUGCCGAGGCUGCAGUAUCGGUUGACGAUGUUUCAUCUAAUUGGCCUUUCCAACUCCUCUGUGUUAGCCACCGUAACAACAGAACCAAUAGACCAGAUGCAGCAGUUCCUGAGCUGCUUUUUGAGGCCACGGUGAGCCAAGUAUACACACAAUGUUUCAAGCGUCGCUAUGAGGAGAUGGUAUUCUUUGUGGAUGAGCCUACAAGGCAAUUACAAAGUAUCGACGCACCUACUAAGUUAAUCUCACCGGAACAAUUUGACUUCGAAUCAGCUGCGCACCGAAUUCUCACGAACAAGUCCGUCAAAACUUUGGACCAUAGCUCUUCAAACUUAAUUCGAAUCUUCAUCAAAUAUUUUGAUCCUGUUAGUGAUGAAGCACGCGGACUUUCAUAUGCUGUUGUUGCAUCAGAUUCAAAGGUUGAUCUGUUGACUCCGAUAAUAAACAAGGUACUUCAAUUCGAUCCUGAAACACCCUUAACAUACUUCGAAGAGGUCUCCCACACUAGCAUCGAGCCUAUCAUUGAGACCAUCUCUUUCGAAAAGAAUGAGUUAGGAACUGGUGAUGUUUUGACAGUCCAGCUUGCUGAUACAGAGAGUGCCACUUUUGGUAAACGUUUCGCAAAUGCCAAGGACUAUUAUGAGUUUUUGUAUACAAGGCUUCACAUACAUAUCAAGCCCUUCAAAGCAAACGAAGAGGAGGAGGACAGCGACUUUGUUGCCGAGGAUGACGCUAGUGGUCAAGAGAGAAAGGAUGAUCAGGAUCAAGCCUCUAAGGCCGAAGUCGCCGAUAUCGAAUUGGCUAAAGAAAUGAGUAAGUCAGCAGACUUAUGGGUGCUGACUCAGUACUCCUACCCACAGUUGGCUAAAGCGGUUGCUGAACAGCUUGGCGACUCUGUGGACCCAGCCAAGUUGCGUUUAUUCGUGGUGAACAACCAAGGGGUAAGGUUUCCAUUGCUGUCAAGCCACUCACUUUCGCAAGUCUUUACUAAGCAGGUGUCGGUCUCGACAAUCACUAAUUUUGAAUAUGAGAUCCUAAACAUCACAUUGAAGGAGUAUGAAAAUUUGAAGUCAGUAAAAAUCUUUUGGAUGAAUACAAUUCAACAGUUCCAAUUGUUUGAUUUGUUAGUGCCUAAGACAAGUACUGUUGCAGAUUUGGUGACAAAGUUGAUACACAAGCUUUCUGUCCCACCAAAGCUUUGGAGCAACUUACUUGUUUGGGCGGGCCAAGAUAGCAAAUACAGCGAUUUAGUGAAGUUUGACAGGGAAAUCAGUGAUCUUCCUGAGGGUACCGAGCUCUACUGUGGUUAUUUCCCAGCUGAGGUCGAAAUUCUUGUCAGCAACGAUAUGUUUAAACGCUUUGACGAAAAAUACAUCGCAAAAGACGACAUCGAAGACGAACUUCUUAGAGAUGAGUUUGAGAAGGCUCAGAAGUUAUCAAAGCAGUUGAACAUCAUUCCCGCUUUUCAUUUCCAUAAAAACCCAGCGUACUGCCACGGCAAGCCUUUUAUCUUUGCAGCUUUUCCAGGUGAACCCUUCGAAGAAACCAAACUCAGAUUACGCAAGAAGCUUGGACUUGGCGCUCAGGCAUUUGAAAAAGUUCGCAUUGCUCUCACAGACGCCAAUGACAAGGGCCGGUACCUUGACAGCGACAAACCAAACUUGGAGCUCUUCAAAGAGAUUACUCAGUUCGAUAGCCCUACAUCCCUCGCACUCGACCAUCCUGAUAGAAACCCACGUCGCCAAAAUCCCUUUGGAAAAGGUAUUUCCAUAAGGUAA